AUGUCAUCAUAUCGGUUGGUGUUUGGAAAGGCUUGUCAUCUACCGGUGGAAUUAGAACACAAGGCGUACUGGGCAAUGAAGACUCUGAACAUGGAUUUAAAGGCUGCUGGACAGAAAAGAUUACUGCAGUUGGAUGAGUUUGAGGAAUGUCAGAAUGAGGCUUAUGAGAACGCUAAGAUCUACAAGGAGAGAACUAAAAGGUGGCAUGACCGAAACUUAGUCAGGAAGGAGUUUCAACCUGGGCAACAAGUUCUACUUUUCAAUUCAAGGUUGAAGUUGUUUCCUGGUAAAUUAAAGUCAAGGUGGUCAGGGCCAUUUACAGUGGUCAAAGUAUUUCCUUAUGGAGCGGUGGAACUGAAAGGUGAAGGCCCCAAUACUUUCAAAGUUAACGGGCAGCGGUUAAAGCUCUACUUGGGAGGAUUGGGGUUGUUUGUGAGUGGGUUAAUUCCUGAGAAGUGGAUUUUUAAGGGGUAG